AAUUCACUCGACCCCCACAAGAAGCUCUGUAUUUAAGCUCUUUUAAUACAUAUAAUAAUUAGAAAAAAAUUCUAGACAUUUAUAUACAUUUGCCGCUGUAAACAAAUUUGCAAACUAUGUCUAGAGAAUCAUUGAUAACAACAUAUUUCAAGGAAGGUUUUACAUAUAAUGAGAUAGUAAAUUUUCUAUCCAAGUAUCACAGUAUUUCAAUUUCUCGUCGACACCUUAUUCGAAUUCUUCAGAAGCUUGGACUGAAGAGGAAGGAAAUCGAUGAAGAUUCUCUAGAAUCAAUCUGUACGGCAGUAAUUGAUGAAAUUUUUAGUAGUGGUUCUUGUAUUGGCUACAAAAGAAUGUGGCAACGAUUAAAGCAAAUUUAUGGCUUAAAAGUAAAAAGGAGUAGAGUUGAUAAAAUUUUGCAUCUAGUUGUUCAAAAUGCUAUUGAAGAGGGAUCUCGUCGACGUUUGAUACGGCGUAAGUACGGAUGCAUCGAUGGAUUUUCCAGAAAAAUUGUAUGGUUGGACGUUGCAACAUCUAACAAUAAACCGGAAAUUAUUGCAUAUUAUUAUUUAACAACAGUACAGAAAUUGAAACUAGUUCCAACUUUAAUACGGUCAGAUUUAGGAACAGAAAAUUGUCUAGUUGAAGCCCUUCAGCAAAGUUUACGAUUUUAUCAUGAUGAUAGUCUAUCAGGUUGGAAGAGCUUCAUCAAAGGUAAAAGCACGUCUAAUCAGCGGAUAGAGAGUUAUUGGUCUCAGCUUAGGCGUCAUGGUUUGGAUUUUUGGAUUAAUUUAUUUAAAGACUUACGUGAAAGAGGUCUUUACAAUGAUUCAUCUAUGAUAAAUGUCGAGUGUUUACGAUUUUGCUUUGGGCACUUAAUUAGAGCUGAAUUGGAAACAAUUCGCCGUGAGUGGAAUCGACAUAGAAUAAGAAAACAAAAAAAUCGUCAUAUAGCUUCGGGAAAACCUAAUUGUUUAUAUUACCUUCCUGAAGCUAUUGGGGCCAAAGAUUACAUGAAACCACUCAAUGAGGAUGCAAUUGAUAUUCUGAAACAAGACUACACCUUGAAGCCUAAACUCUACAAUGAAAUAUUUUGUCGAUUAGUCAAAGUAUUGAUACCUGAUAUACAAGUACCUCUGAAUGUUGAAGAAAGUAUUGAGCUUUAUUUAAAAAUUUUAAAUUUAUUAAAAGUUUAUACAUAG